AUGCGUGUGCUCUCCCUCCUCGUAGCCAGCAGCCUAGCGCUGACAGAAGCGCUUAAGUCUCCACUUGAGUACGAGCAUGAGUUCUCGGCCUGGAUGAAGACUCACUCUAUUGUAUUCUCGGACGCGCUGGAAUUUGCCAGACGCUUGGAGAAUUACAUUGCCAACGACAUGUACAUUCUUGAGCACAAUGCCGAGAAUGCCUGGACGGGUGUUUCUUUGGGCCAUAACGAGUUCUCGCAUAUGUCGUUUGAUGAGUUCAAGUUGAAGAUGACAGGGCUAGUUUUGCCUGAAGGGUACGUCGAGCAGCGAUUGGCAUCACGUAUCGACGGUCUGUUCAGUGAUAUGGACGUACCUGAUGCUGUGGAUUGGCAAGAAAAAGGUGGCGUCACGGCCAUUAAGAACCAGGAGGAUCAUAAAGGUCUUUGCAGCGAGGAAGACUACGAGUAUAAGGGCGAAAUCCAGGUAUGUCGCAAAUGUGACAAUAUUGUCAGAGUCACAGGUUAUCAGGACGUUAACGCACAAGAUGAACAUGCACUGAUGGUGGCGGUGGCGCAGCAGCCUGUUUCGGUGGCUAUUGAAGCGGACCAGAAAGCUUUUCAGUUCUACAAGACAGGUGUGUUUAACUUGACGUGCGGCACGCAAUUGGACCAUGGAGUUUUGGUUGUGGGGUACGGCGCUGACAAUGGACAAAAGUUCUGGAAAGUCAAGAAUUCAUGGGGACCGUCUUGGGGAGAGCAUGGAUACAUUCGUCUUUCUCGUGAUGAGAACGGCCCUGCGGGACAGUGCGGUAUCGCUUCUGUGCCGAGCUACCCGUUUGCGUCACUAGUUUCAAAGGACGAGAAGACCGAGGAGUCAGUGGAGGUGUCAGGGUUUGACCCUGCAGACGACGCGGUCAACUCCUUUUCUGCUGAAGAGGCACGUGAGUUUCGCCUCACGACCCUUGCUGAUUUGUUCUCAUCAGCCAAGAUCACUAAUGGUAAUGCGAAGCAGGAUUUUACGUCGGCGAAUUUUAAGUUGGGAGUCAAGCUGGCUGGCACGCAGGUAUUCGGACAUGCUGGUAAGCUGUGUGGCGAUACGCACAUCCCUCUUCCGCUGGGCCUGGGCCACAUUGAUGUGCACGGUUUCGUUUGCCCUGUGGCGAAGGGUAAGCAAACAGAUCUUAAGGUGGAUGUGAACCUUCCAAUCAUUGCGCCUGCCGGCAACUACGAGAUCAUGCUGACUGGUGUCGAUGACAGUAACAGUCCACUCUUUUGCGUGAAUGUUGAGCUUGAUCUGACAAGUGCUGACGAAGCCGCGGUAAAGACACGCGUGUACGAGCCUCUAUCAUUGAUGUAA